GAGAAACCAUUUCAGUCUUUUUUCACGUAUUCAUUGCUUGCUCUUGAUCUUGUCUCAUACUUAAUCUUUCAAUCUUUCUCGCUUUCAAGCAAUUUCAAUUGUUAGUCUCCUACAAUUAAUAUUUUGGGUUAACAAGUUUAGUUAGCUUCAGCGAUCUCAGAGCCACAGAUUAGACUAUAAACAAUGAUCUCAAGUUGAUAAUCUUUGUUCAAAAUUUACACUUGUUUCAAAUCGGAUCUUAAACCAACUCCUAGGCCAACAUAAUUGAUUUUAUUCUGUACCAUCGUAAGAAAUUUGAACUUGGCGACUAAUUUAUAAUCAACGGUAAAAAUGAUCUGAUAGCCAUCAAAUGAAGUGGCUGUUUUAAUCACUUUGGAUUUUUGGAUUAUUAUAAAGGAGCUCUGCUUUGAAUCCAUAAUAUGAAAAUCUUAUUGUUAAUCAGUUACCUGGUAUUUGUUAUCCCUUUGAUUGACUUAUAUGAAAGUAAACCUUAUUCAAAAGAUUAUUGGAAGUCCCCACCAUAUCCUGAUGAAACUUAUUUCUAUUCUGAUUACAAACUACCAGCCAAUUUAAUUACAAGCAAGAUUCACCCUCCUAGUCCCCAAAAUUGUCCUGAAGUUGGUAAAACAUUGUGUAAAGAUGUUGAUCAUUAUCCACUUGAACAAAUUUUGGACAUUAUUAAAUCAACCAAUUCAGUUAAUUUCAACUUCACAAGUAUAUUUUCAGAUGAAUCCUCAAAUGAUCAACAACCCAUAUUAAAAGAUCCACCAGUUUUGAAAAGCAACCCAAAAGGGUUGAAGAAAAAUGAUACCCGAGGAUCAGGAAAGAUAAAAUUAAACUCCAAUAGCAAUGAUCGUCGAUCUGUUGGAUCAAGUUCCUUGCCAAAACAAAUUCUAGAUGCUUGGCAGAGUGUUAAUGAUGGUUUACAGCAAGUAAAUGAUAACCCAUCAAUUGGUGCUUUAACUAGUACUGUCAAUACAUCAGCCUGGCUAGGAUCUUCACCCUUACUAUCAUCUACUCCUACAUCAUCACCUGCUCCUUUAUCAUUACCAUUACCUUCAACAUCUUCAUCAUUAACUAAAGUGUUAACAAAUACUAAUGCCAAUAAUGCCAAUAGUACGAAAGUUAAUCGGACUCGUAGAAAAUUGGAUCCACCUGACGAUGAUCUUGGAGAAGAGAUUUGUGCAACUAAAUCAAUGUAUAUUACUCCGAGAGCUGCAUUAAAUGACAAAUCUGAAUGGAAAUACAUUGUUAAUCUUGGUGAUAGAGAUUCUCGUUUAAAACAAAUAAUCAAAGUAGAGGUUUGCUUACAAGCUGGAAGUUCGUGUUCAUCAUCGAUUUCCCUUCCUUUUGGUUAUAAAACAAGAUGUAAACAGAAAUACAUAAAGAAAAAGCUAUUGGCAUUGGAUAUAAAUGGACAAACGACAUCGACAGAUAAUUUCUUUGUUCCUUCUUGCUGUGCUUGUCAAAUUUACCGUGAAAUCAAUAAUUAAUACCGUUUUUGGUUGAUUGGUAUAAAACAUGAGGAUAUUAACUGCCAUUAAAUUUCACAAAGUCUCCAACAUGAAAA